CGCCCAGUCUGUCUUAUCGGUGUGACCGGAGUUCCUCUUCCGCUGACAGCCUGCUGUCACACAGCUACCAUGUUAUCCCAUUCCCGGUGUCUCACCAGGAAUUUCGGCCGCUCCCUCUCUGCCAUCCGCCAGGGAAACAAUGUGUUAGCUCGUCGGGCCACUGCAGUUCUAUCAGCUUGCCAUCCUAUAUCUGUAAACAACAAUGUACCAUAUAAUCCCCGUUCCAGUGUCUUCCAAAUCCAGUACUUCAGGACUUCUGCAGCUUACAGAGAUGAAGUUAUCACAGUCAAGACUCCUGCAUUUGCAGAAUCUGUCACAGAGGGGGAUGUAAGGUGGGAGAAAGCUGUUGGAGACUCUGUCUCUGAGGAUGAGGUGGUGUGCGAAAUCGAAACAGAUAAGACAUCAGUGCAGGUCCCCUCUCCUGCUGCAGGAGUGAUACAGGAGCUUUUGGUCCCAGAUGGGGGAAAGGUCGAAGGAGGAACACCACUUUUCAAGCUUAAAAAAGGAGCUGGGGCUGCUCAGGCUACAGAAUCUCCAAAAGCUGCUGCGGACCCUCCACCACCUUCUGCUGCUCCAACUCCCCCACCUCCUCCCUCCACCGUGGGGCCCAUUCCCACCACCAUGCCCCCCGUGCCACCUGUGCCAGCACAUGCUAUGGACACCAAACCAGUUUCAGCCAUCAAACCCACUGCUGCUCCAGCUGCGCCAGCAGCCCACGCAGAGGGAGGAGUUAAAGCAGCAAGGACAGAAAGCAGAGUUAAGAUGAACCGCAUGAGACUAAGAAUUGCCCAGAGGCUGAAGGAAGCUCAAAACACCUGUGCUAUGUUGACUACGUUUAAUGAGGUCGAUAUGAGUAACAUCAGCGAGAUGAGGAAGGCUUACAAAGAUGCUUUUCUGAAAAAACACAACAUCAAGCUGGGCUUCAUGUCUGCGUUUGUGAAGGCUGCCGCCUACGCUCUAGUUGACCAACCUGCUGUCAACGCAGUGAUUGAUGACACAACCAAAGAGAUCGUAUACAGGGACUAUGUUGACAUCAGUGUUGCAGUAGCAACACCAAAGGGAUUGGUGGUUCCUGUAAUACGAAAUGUGGAGGAAAUGAACUUUGCUGAUAUUGAGAAAGCAAUCAAUUUGUUGGGAGAAAAGGCGCGUAAAAACGAACUAGCUGUAGAAGACAUGGAUGGAGGCACCUUCACCAUCAGCAACGGUGGUGUGUUUGGGUCCUUGUUCGGCACACCUAUAAUCAACCCACCUCAGUCUGCUAUUCUGGGCAUGCAUGGCAUCUUUGAUAGGCCUGUUGCAGUAGGUGGAAAGGUGGAGAUCCGUCCCAUGAUGUAUGUCGCUUUGACGUACGAUCAUCGUCUCAUCGAUGGAAGAGAGGCCGUCACUUUCCUGCGUAAGAUCAAGUCUGUGGUGGAGGACCCCAGGGUGCUCCUCCUCGACAUGUGAGCCUCUGUCAACUCUGGGCCCACUAAACCAACCCCACGCCAACAGCGGCUGUACACACGUUUAAAAAAAAAAAAAAAAAAAAAACUUUACCAUAACUGCAGUUAAUGUAUUGUUGUCUUGGUUAACUAGGGGAAAAAAAGGUUUGUUUUGAAAAGUUCAAUUGUGAAUGGACAUUUGUAAGACCAGCUGGGCUGCACGGUUUGGCACUGGGCUCUGCGGUUUCAGGUGCUGGUCUCUUGAUCAAAGAAACAAAAAAUAAAUAUUCUAUAACUUGUUUGCCAAAUGUCAUUUUCUACACAGAAUUUAAUAAAAUCCAGUUGUUGUGAGAUGACAGGCAAGUAAAGGUGCAACUGCAUAGAAUUUUAUUAUUGUGGUUGAGAGAUGAACAAUGAGCACAUAUUGGGCUAGAAAACAAGGAACACUAUGUUUUAAAAAUCUCCAAAGUGAAGGAAUCCUCAGAGGUUUUAUGCCGUCUAGUCCAUGAAAUUCUCUUUUUGCUGUGUGACAUAGACUAUUUAAGAGAAAAGGAAAGUUUUAAACAAUAAAAACUUCAUUACCCCACU